AAGUAUUUCCAUAGUUAAAAAGCUUUCAUUAAAUUAUUGUUUAUAAACGAAUUCAAUUUAAAAAUUAAAAUUUCUAACAUAUUCUUUACUCUACUUAUUCUUUAUGCAUAAGAAAAUCCUCUCUUAGCAGUUAAUCCCAAAAAAUUAGUGGAGACUAGAAAAUUUGCAGCCUAAAAAACAACAAUGAUUGAUUGA